ACUGUGUUUCUUGCUCUAACUGUUGUUGUGCAUUCCAAGAAGAAACAGCAGCGAGAAAAAUCCCGAGAGAGAGGGAAAGGCAAAGGAGAGAGAGAGUGUGAGUGUAUUCAAAGCAGGAUCAAAGCGGAUAGUAUAUAAAGAAAGUGAGAGAUCGGAAAACAGCAGAAUGGAACUGGAGUCGAACACCAACCAGAAAGCUAACGGCGACGUUGCCAGCAAUGGCGGCUCCGACUCAAAGGAGAGCUCCGUGGAGCGGGAACUGAAUGGCGAGAUUGAGGCGGUAGAGCUGAACGGCGGGCCCUCGAAUGGGCACAAUCACAUCAAGAAGCCCUUGCCCGUGGGUGACGGCCAUGAUGGCCGCAUCAAGCGAAAGGCCAAGCGCCUCAUCCAAAGACAGAACAGCGGUAGUGGUAGUGGCAGCGGUACAUCUGCCACAUCCCUAACCAAUGGCGUCGCUACUGCUGGAGGCGGGGUUCUUCCGAGCAUCGCCAGUACCACGGUGUCGUCGCUGGCCAACGGCAUCUUGCCAUCCGGCACAGGCUAUGUGGUGCCGCAUCGGCGCUGGAAGAAUAGCCGAAGAUCCCGUAAUUUGACACGUGGGCGGGGCCUGCCCAAGAAAGGCGGCGCCGGCGGCAAAGGGGUCUGGGGAUUGCCCGGAUCGGAGGCGCUGGCCGAGGUGUACGAAGAUGAGAAUGAUCCCAACUAUGACAGCGAGGUCAACGAUCGGAAUGUGGAGCUACGCGAGGUCAUCACCGAAAUCACGCCCGAAGAAUUCUUCAAGCUCGCCGAGCCGAUCGUGCUCGAGUACUACGAGCAUGGGGACACCCACGAGGUGGCUGUCAGCUUUGACGAGAUCUUGCAGAGCCCACUGCGAGAAUACAUCACCAGCAUCCUGGUCGAGAUUGCGAUGGACCACAAGGACUCGCAGCGGGAGAUGACCUCGGUGUUAAUCUCAGAUCUCUAUGGCCGCGUCAUCACCGGCAAGGACAUCGAGAAGGGCUUCAACAUGGUGCUAGCCAAUCUGCCCGAUCUCAUACUGGACACACCCGAGGCACCAGUCAUGCUGGGCAACUUCAUGGCCAGAGCCAUAGCCGACGACUGCAUGCCGCCGAAGUUCGUCAGUCGACCUGAGGAGCACCAGCAGAUGAACGAGUACGCCGAGCAGGCGCUGCGCCGGGCCGAUGCGUUGCUCCACAAGCAGGUGUGGGCCCAUCUGGACAACGUCUGGGGCAUGGGCGGACCCCUGCGGCCAGUGAAAACCAUCACAAAACAGAUGACCCUCUUGCUCAAGGAGUAUCUGUCCUCCCGCGACGUGGCCGAGGCGCAGCGCUGUCUGCGCGCCCUCGAGGUGCCCCACUACCAUCAUGAGCUCGUCUAUGAGGCCGUCGUGAUGACACUCGAAUCCUUAAGCCAGACCACCGAGGAAGCCAUGUGUGAGCUACUCAAGUCGCUCGAUCUAACGUGUCUGGUUCUACCAGCUGGCAUGGAGCAGGGCUUCAUGCGCGUCUUUGAUGACAUGGCGGAUAUUGUGCUGGACGUGCCAUUGGCGUAUAUAAUACUCGAUCGAUUUGUAGAACGAUGCAAUCGUGCCGGCUUCCUAACCGACAAGAUUAUCAACAAUGUGCCAUCGCGUGGACGCAAACGAUUUGUCUCUGAAGGCGACGGCGGACACGUUAAGCCGGCAACUUUGCCUAUGCACGACUAAAUAGCAAGGAUCGAAUGACUUCAAUUUGGGGCAGUGGGAGCCGCAGCCGAAGCAGCAUACAACAAUAACAAAAAAAUUAUGAAAGAAAAAAGAUCAAUAUCACAAAACAAAAUACCGUUAAACGCAAGCAACAACAACAGCAACAGCUUAACACACAAAACCGAAGAGAUGAAGAUAGAAUGAUAGCAGGAGGGAGAGGAGAGAGAGAGCGAAAGAGUAUACAAAGAAAAAGUUGUUUCUCUUGUUGUUGUUGCACAUGGAAUAAUAAAAUGAGAACAUAAAAUAAAAAUAAAACUAAAAAAGUAACUACAAAUAACAAUCAAUCGGAAAUUGAUCUCCGUUUAAACUAUAUGAGUAAUAUAUACAUAUGCAUGCAUACAUAUAUACACAUAUAUAUAUAUAUCUACCUAUAAACAAAAUUAUUUUAAAAAUAUUUGUAAAAUAACAAUGCAACAAAAAAGAAUAUGGAAACAACGACAACAACGGAAACAGCAAUAAACACUACAUACAAACACUUAACACACACUCACAGGCCUAUAGACAGACACCAAACUUUCGAAGAGCGAGUGCAGAAAAGCAAGAGAUAGAGAGAGAGAAAGAAAGAGUGCGCGCGAAAAAAGCUGAUGAGAGCAAUUUUCGUCGCUGCCGCAGCUGCAGGCUGCAGGCUGCAGCAGUAAAUGGAACUGCAAACUUAUUUACUUAUACGAAACUGUUAUACACACACAAAUACACAUGAACACAAUCACAAACUGAAACACAGACACAGAGACACCGUUAUUAUUACUAGACAUUUAACACACAACUAAAAUUUAUUAGAAUAUACAACUAAGUUUAAGAGAAAUCCAUGCAAGCAAACAAAAAUGAAAAGUUACAGAUUAUAUUACGAUAAUUGUGUUAUGUUUAAGUUUUCAUGCGACAGAAAAGAGAAGAAAGCAGCUAA